AUGCAGGAGGUGCCAAAUGCUGGAAAGCCAUGUAAAACGUGGUACAAGAUUCUCGGCAGCCUUGAGUCCACCACAGGUCCAGUCCUCAUAGCGCUCCAUGGUGGCCCUGGCGCCGGGCAUGAGUAUUUGUUGCCUCUGGCUGAUCUCUAUAAGCCGUACGGCAUUCCCACGGUCCUCUACGACCAGAUUGGCUGUGGUCAUUCUACGCAUCUCCGCGAAAAGAUGGGAGAUACUGAAUUCUGGUCUUUUGAUCUUUUCAUCAAGGAGCUGGACAACCUGGUCGAUCACCUAAAGCUGAGGGGAAAGGGCUUCUUCCUACUUGGUCAAAGCUGGGGUGGCGUUCUUGCGGCCUCAUAUGCUAUGAGCGGCCGCCAGGGCGAGAGUCCAGCUGGGUUGAGGAAAUUAGUCAUCGCGAGCGGGCCUUCGAGCAUCCCGCUGUAUGAAAAGGGUCUGAAAGGACUGCUCGCUAAGCUGCCAGCCGACGUUCGCAAAACGCUUGAAGACUGCGAUAAAAGAGGCGACCAUGAAAGUGAAGAAUUCCAGAAGGCAUCCAAGAUCUUCAAUGCACACUAUGUCUGUAAUUUGGACCCCUUACCAGAAGAGAUUAUGGCUGGUUUUAAGAAUAUGCAAGACGAUCCUACUGUCUAUCUGACGAUUCAAGGUCCAGCGGAAUUCGUCAUUGUUGGCUCUAUCAAAGGUUGGGAAGGUUGGAAGGAGGCACACAAAAUCGAAGUUGAAACACUUCUUAUCAAUGGCAAGAAUGACGAAGUCACAAACCUCAGCAUGUAUCCGUGGUUCAAGGCGAUUACAAAGGUGAGAUGGGUUACCCUGGAUGGCAGCCACAUGUCACACUGGGAGGAUAGGGCCCGUUACAUGCAAGAGCUUGGUGACUUCUUGGUGAGCACGGCCCCAGAAGAGAGGACCGAACUUUGA